AUGCGACGUGCUCCCAUCGACAGCUCCCAGCUGGACAAGAUCUGCGUACACCUUCAGACACGGUACAAUGCAGAUGCGGCCGACGUGCGGCAGCGCAUCAACAUCGACUCGAUUCGUCAAUAUGGCCGUGUCCGCGUUCUCAAUGGUGGUGAUGACAUGCGCGCGUCAGAGCUUGUCCCGCUAGCCAGUGACCGACGUGAUGCGACGUGGGUCAAGUAUGACCUACUUGUAGAUCGCAACAAGCACCGGCGUCGCGCGCCCGAAAUCCUCGUGCCCAAGUCGUUCUUCGGGCAACUCAUGAACAUCUACGUCGUUGAGGUUUUGGCUUCACCUCAACUCCACCUCACUGAACCGGAAACCGUGAUACUCGCUCGCAUCCACUCAUGCACGCCAUGCAAUACAAAUAGUCUGGGCCAACUGUACUACAAGGACAUGGGGAGUGCUUGGUUGGACGUGUCCCGCGCCGGUGGCCAAACCCGGAUCUCGCUCUCGGUCAAUACCUUUCUUGCCAUGGCGGAAGCUCCUCUGUUCACCAAGAUCGCGAAGGACAUAUGGCUCUCGCAUGGUAGUUCCCCCGCGCAGAAGAUAGUCAAGGAGACCAGCGACCCAGAGUGCGAUCACCCUCUAGCGCACACCUAUACCCUGCUGAAUGUCACGAUAGCCUCAUUAUACUAUGUGGCUGGAUAUAGUCACGUCUAUCAUGAGUGGUAUCCGAACGCCACCAUACUGCUCAUCCAGUCCGAGCCCGCGUUCUUCUUCAAACCGAACAGCUGGAAUGAACAAAUGUUGAUACCAGCAGCGGAGGUCAUCGAGUCCUUCGCCAAUGCCGACGCCACUCCGCCUCGCAUUCUCGCGCAUUCCUUCUCCAACGGCGGCAGUAGCCAGCUCUGCACUCUCGGCACCCUCCUCCGCUCUCGGAACCGCUCCCCCACCUCCGCCGCCGCCUCAGCCCUCAUCGUCGACUCUGCGCCCGCCACCGGCACCCUCCGCACCGCCAUCCGCGCCUUCGCCGGCCUCAUACCCAACCCCGUCAUCCGCUUCGCCGUCUCCGCCGUCGUCGCCACUUUCUGGUCCUUCAACCACUACUUCCUCUUCCCCGUCUUCGGGGUCCUACCGGUUGGGGAGAAGCUGAAGGCUGACUUAUUGCGCCCGGACGUGCUGCCUUGGAUGAGUAGCGAGAGCGCGCGGCUAUAUGUGCAUUCGAAGACGGACGAGCUGGUGGGGUGGGAGGAGGUGCAGGAGCAUGUGGGGAAGCUAAAGGAGGCGGGGAUCAAAGUGCGGGAGGUGCUGCUGGAGAGGGCGCCGCAUGUAGCGCUUGCGAGAGCGAAUCCGGAGCUAUAUUGGGGGGCAGUAAAGGAUAUCUGGGCAGAUGCGAGUGGCAUUGGCGCGGCUUGA